UAGUCAAAAAUUAAAUUUGAAGAAAAAAUAAUAAUGACGUAUUUACGCCGGAAAGUAUUACUAUAAAUUUUUUUAUUUUUCCUUUUAUUUUUUUUCAAGUUUCUCGUUAAGCUCGCUCUCACACAACCGUUGUCUUUUUCCCUUUUUUUUUGUUCUUCCUUCUUAUUCCCGUUUCCUUGGGAAUUGGAUAAAUCUAUUGAACAGAUUCUUUAAGGGUCUCUGAAUCAAAAUUCGAUUUUGGGAUUGCAAGUUUCUUCCUUUUUUCAUUCAACAGAUUUCGAAUUGUACGAUUACAAUUUUAAAAAAAAAAUACAAAAUUUUUGUCUCUUCUGAAAAACCAAUUUGGUUGAUGACGUCACCUGUGAUUGUCGGAAGGAACGAUGAGGAAGAGGAUCCAUCGACGAAACCACUUGGAAGGUUGUCUGUGUUCUACUAUGGAGUUGGACAUAUGCUUAAUGACAUUACUGCUUCUUGCUGGUUCACUUACCUCCUCUUGUUUUUAACCCAAAUCGGUCUCUCCCCAAGGGAUGCUGCAGUUGUCAUGCUCUCUGGUCAAGUUGCAGAUGGUUUUGCUACUGUCUUCGUUGGUGAAUUGAUUGACAGAUUUGGGCAUUUCAAAAUUUGGCAUGCUGCAGGAUCCUUACUAGUUGCUGUCUCAUUUUCAUCUGUUUUUGGCGGUUGUUUGCCUUGUACACUCCUCAACAGUAACUCCCUAACUGUUGAAACAUUAUCGUACAGUAUGUUUGCAGCUAUCUUCAAUAUAGGAUGGGCUGCUACUCAGGUUUCUCACAUGGCUAUGGUAAAUUGCAUUACACUGAACUCAACAAGCAGAGUAGCACUAACAAGCUCCCGUAACGCUUUUAGCAUGGUUGCUAAUUUAGGCUUAUACGCGAUUGCUUUAGUUGUAUUUGGUGUUAGUGAGGCCGUGACAAAAGAAAGUACCGAAUGUCAGUAUCGUUGGAUUGCUUACUCAUCCAUUACCGUUGGCUGCUGCUUUGUGGUCAUAUUUCUUAUGGGGACAAAAGAACCAAGGCUGCGGAUUGAUCUAAAAGAAAGUUGCCGAGCAAGAAUACCGUGGUCUCAUUGGUUCCGUAAAAUUCUAUACUAUCAAGUUGCUAUGGUUUAUCUCCUCACUCGACUAGUAUUGAAUGUUUCUCAGGCAUAUCUUGCAUUCUUUGUUAUUGAUGAUUUGCAGAUGGCUCAAUCCGCUAAAGCGCUGAUCCCCGCAAUAAUCUACAUCUGCAGCUUCGUUGUAUCGGUUAUGCUUCAGGAGAUUCCAUGGAAUGGUAAACGCCUCAAGGCAUACUAUUGUGCGGGUGGUAUCAUUUGGAUAUUCUGCGGUGUAGCAAUCCUCUUAUUGUCCAGAAGCAUUAACUCUUACAUGUAUGCCAUCUCUAUCUUUAUCGGCAUCGCAAAUGCAUUAAUGCUGGUGACAGCAAUCAGUAUGCAGAGUGUGCUGAUUGGUUCGGAACUUGGUGGAUGUGCAUUCGUUUGUGGGUCAUUAAGCUUCUUAGACAAAAUGUCAUGUGGGCUUGCUUUAUAUGUUCUUCAGUCACAUCAAAGCACUUCACCAAAGGUCGAUGUAAACAUCAACCAACAUUUUUACUUCUCGGUGACAAGAUAUGGGUUAGGACUUGUUCCAGCUGUAUGCUCGCUUAUUGGAGUUGUUGUAACAUAUUUUAUGGAACUCGAUAGCACAAUUCUAAAGCCUCUGCGUCAACCACUACUACUAGAAUGAACAGAAGGAAGAUAUGCAACGUUUUCUGAGAACAUAACAAGUAGAGAAACAGAGGCCAGAGAAAAAUGGAGCACCUAAAGAAACAGAGCUAAAAAGAUAACAGAGCACAGAAAACAGAGUAAAGUAAAGUAAAGAAAACAGAACACCCAAAAGAGAGCAAUAAGAUAGACAGAGCAAGUAAAGAAACAAAGCACGGAAAACAGAGGAAUAGGAAGAAACUGAGCAAGUAAAUGUAAAUUAACUUUUCGGCUGAAUGAAUCAUCUCUCAUAAGAACGCACAUAACAUGUGC